ACAAACAAACCCCAUUUUCAAUUUUUUUUCUCUCAUUUGUUUCGUUUUAGAAGGGGAAGGGGAGGGAGGAACAGGUCGGGGAGCCAGGGAAAUCUUGUCAGAUCGGCAGGGGAGCUGGUUUUUCAAGGGUCAUGGGUAGGGAAAUUGAUGGUGUAAUGGAGAAGCCAAAUGGUUCUGUUGUGGUUUUAAAUGGUGUUUCUCAUGACAAAGUCCUUGUUUCCCCCAAAGUUAUUGAUUCGGAGGAACUCGGAAGCGAGGAGAAUUCGGUUGUCGAAAGUUAUCAAGAAAAGGAGAACAAUGGUGUAGGAAUCAGAAGCUCUAACCUUGAUGCCAGUGUGUCUAGCUCUGUGUUUGCACCUGCGCCGGUGCUCGUGUCCGUGGAGAAGAAGGCGGAGAGGACUGUUGCACAGAAAAUUAGUGACUUUAAUAAGUCUAUCUCGCCCAGGGCUAUAGCUGUUAGUCCAAGAAUUGUGCGAGUAAACCAUAAGGCUCAGCAACCAACUGUGCAGGCUAGGGAAAAAGCAGCAAUGAGCUCACCAACCAUUGAGACCAAGCCUUCUCCAAAAACCGUUGUUGAGGCUUCUUCGACAACUGUUGUUGGGGCUUCUACGACAACUGUUGUUGGGGCUUCUACGACAACUGUUGUUGAGGCUUCUCCCAAAACCGUUGUUGAGGCUUCUCCCAAAACCGUUGUUGAGGCUUCCCCGAAACCCGUUGUUGAGGCUCCCCCGACACCCGUUGUUGAGGCUCCCCCAACAACCAUUGUUGAGGCUCCCCCGAAAACCAUUGUUGAGGCUCCCCCGAAAACCGUUGUUGAGGCUCCCUCGAAAACCGUUGUUGAGGCUGGUCCAAAAACCGUUGUUGAGGCUUCCCCGAAAACUGUUGUUGAGGCUUCCCCGAAAACUGUUGUUGAGGCUUCCCCGAAAACCGAUGUUGAGGCUCCCCCGAAAACCGAUGUUGAGGCUCCCCCGAAAACCGAUGUUGAGGCUCCCCGGAAAACCGUUGUUGAGGCUCCCCCGAAAAUCGUUGUGGAGCCUCCCCAGAAAAUCGUUGUUGAGCCUCCUCCGACAACCGUUGUUGAGCCUCCUCCGACAACCGUUGUUGAGCCUCCUCCGAAAACUGUUGUUGAGCCUCCUCUGAAAACCGUUGUUCAGGCUUCUACAAAAAUCGUUGUUGAGCCUCCUCCGAAAACUGUUGUUCAGGCUCCUCCGAAAACCGUUGUUGAGCCUCCUCCAAAAACCAUUGUUGAGCCUCCUCCAAAAACCGUUGUUCAGGCUCCUCUAAAAACCAUUGUUGAGGCUCCUCCAAAAACCAUUGUUGAGCCUCCUCCAAAAACCAUUGUUCAGACUCUUUCAAAAACCGUUGUUCAGGCUCCUCUGAAAACCGUUGUUCAGGCUCCUCUGAAAACCAUUGUUGAGCCUCCUCCGAAAAUCGUUGUUCAGGCUCCUUCAAAAACCGUUGUUCAUACUCCUCUGAAAACCAUUGUUGAGGCUCCUCCAAAAACCGUUGUUGAGCCUCCUCCGAAAAUCGUUGUUCAGGCUCCUUCAAAAACUGUUGUUCAGGCUCCUUCAAAAACCGUUGUUCAUACUCCUCUGAAAACCAUUGUUGAGGCUCCUUCCAAAACCGUUGUUCAGGCUCCUUCCAAAACCGUUGUUCAAGCUCCUCCGAAAACCAUUGUUGAGGCUCCUCUAAAAACCAUUGUUGAGCCUCCUCCGAAAACCGUUGUUCAAGCUCCUCCGAAAACCGUUGUUCAGGCUCUUUCAAAAACCGUUAUUCAAGCUCCUCUGAAAACCAUUGUUGAGCCUCCUCUGAAAACCAUUGUUGAGCCUCCUCCGAAAACCGUUGUUCAAGCUCCUCCAAAAACCGUUGUUCAGGCUCCUCCAACAACCGUUUUUCAUGCAUCCCUAAACACUAUCAAAUUGCAGUCUCCCCACAGCCCAAAAAAGAAUUCACUGCCGAACUCGCCUCAAUCGUCGCGUAGAUCUUCACAUAACGAUCUUAAGAAAUAUCACGAAGAAGAAGAUCAUUGGUCCAUCGCCUCCUCCACCAUUGCAUCCGUUCAACAACUCAAAUCUAAAGUAACUAUCGGAACGGCUCCCACGUUUAGAUCGGCUAAACGUGCUGAUAAAAGGAAGGAGUACUAUAAUAAGUUGGAGGAGAAACAAAAAGCCAUGGAGGCAGAGAGAAUCCAAUACGAAGCCCGAAUUAAGGAAGAGCAAGAAGCAGCAAUCAAGCAGCUUAGGAAGGGAUUAGUGAUCAAAGCAAAACCAGUGCCCAACUUCUAUUAUGAAGGACCACCACCUAAGGUUGAACUCAAAAAGCAACCAUUAACUCGACCAAAGUCUCCAAAUCUAACUCGAAGGAAAAGCUGCAGUGACGUGACCAACUUAAACCUAGAGGAGAAAGGAAAAGUAUGCGCACGAGCACAUCGCCAUGGCUUCUGUAUUCACAGAUCGGAAUCAGCUAACAGCAUAGCCCGCAAAAGUAAAGCACAAGCCAAUGGGCAAUGCCAGCACAGUGAAUCUUUUAAACAUAGAAAUCAUGCGAAGCACGACAAUGAGACAAGUAAAAUGAGCUCUGCAACGACCGAUCCACACGAAACUAAUGUAGAUAUCCCGUUUCAGUCAUGAACGUCUACAUUUUCCCUAAUGUGAGCUAAGGGAAAGAAAAAAUGAUGGGUUGAGGAGCAAAGAAAAUAGCUUGUUUUCUUACAUCUAAUGACUUGACUGAGUGAGCUGAGCUGAGCUGAAAUGUAUAUGUUUUUUUCCCAUUUUUUCUGAAAGUUUAAUGAUUUUACGACAUAUGAGAGAGAUCAUUGUGCAUUACAUGAUACAGUGAAGUUAGAGAAUGAUUUUCUAUGGCUUUUUUGGGUUUGUUUUCUACUUUUCAUUGGAAUUGAUCUGUAUUUUGAUGUUCUUGAGAUGGUCAUUGACAAAGUUUCAAAUUA